CCUCAAGCACUCAAUGACCAGCCCGCGCACAGCCGCCGCCGCCGCCGUCGUCCGAUCCUCUGCACCACCACCGCAGCUGCGCUGCCCAUAGCUGCUGCGUGUGCCCUCGCUGGCUGAGCGCCGCUCCGCUGCGCGCCCCUUGCCAGCAUGCGCACCGUCGGCGCCGUGCGCGGCCCGCCGCAUCUGGCGCUGCCUCUUCUCACUGUGGGGGCGCUGGGCACGCAGGCCGUCUGGUCGCUGGAGCUGGCCUUCGCGCCGCCGUAUCUGCUCUCACUGGGCAUGUCGCGCGCCGCCAUGGCCCUCGUCUUUCUCGCCGGGCCCAUCUCGGGCCUCGUGGUGCAGCCGCUGGUCGGCGCCUUCUCCGACGCCUGCACCUCGCGCUAUGGCCGUCGGCGUGCCUUCAUCGCUGCGGGCACGGCGGCCACGAGCAUCAGCACGCUCUGUCUCGCUUGGGCUCGGCCCAUCGCAGGGGCUGUCGGGCUCGGAGACGCUGGCGCUAGACUGGUCGCGAUCAUCAGCAUCUUCGGGAUAGACUUCUGCGUCAACGCAAUCAACGCGCUUGACCGCGCUCUGCUUCUCGACCUCCUACCGCCAUCGCGGCAAGCAAUUGCGCAUGCAUGGUCAGCACGGCUAGCUGGCGUUGGCGCACUGCUUGGCUACCUUGUGGGCCAGUCAGACUUCAGCAGCAGCGCCAGCGGCAACGCAGACGAGGCGCAGCUGCGCGGCACGGCCGUCAUCACUGUCUUCCUGCUGUGUUCGACGCACCUCGUCACUUGCUGGGCCGCUGACGAGGCGCCACUGCGUUCGUACGGCGGUCUGCCGGUCAAGAGACAGAUACAGGCGGCGGUCAGUGAGCUGCGACAGGCGGCCAAGUGGCUGCCGCCGCCGAUCCGCUUCAUCUUCUACAUUCAGUUCUGGGCUUGGGUCGCCUGGUUCCCGUUCCUCACUUACACCUCAGCAUACCUUACGUCGCUCGUCUCGCUUCGGCCACUGCCUCGCACCUCCGUCUUCGCCGACCCAGCAGACGGCACGCCAACACGGACAGCCGCCAUGGUGCUGGCCACGCACGCGUUCCUCUCGCUCGCUGCAGCAAUCGGGCUGCCGCCGGCGCUGCAGCGAUGGGCACCAAGCGCACUGCCUUCGCUGUGGGCCGCCAGUCUCGCGCUGCUCUCGGCACUGCUGGCCGGAAUGGCUGUCGGCGGCGUGAUGGGCAACAGCAUCAGUGUGGCCAUCUUCGUAGCGAUGACGGGCGUGGCGUGGGCCGUCACCAUCUGGGCGCCGUUCGCCAUCCUCGGCGUCCUGAUCCAGCGCACCGUGCCGCAUACCAGUCUGUCCUCCGCAUCACGGCCAUCGGUGGUGGAGCUGCCUGCACGAGGGACAGCUGCACCGCAGAGCGCCGAGAGAGAAGGCCUGCUCGACGAGAGCGAGCGAGCUGCGAGGGCCAGCGAGGAUGAAGGCAGUGAUGCAGGCGAUGUCCUAGCAUUUGCGCCCGAGGCCCAGGUGCACGAGCCUGCGCACGAUCAGUCAGGCACCGUGCUUGGGCUGCACAACGUGAGCGGCCUAGGUCGGCUUCCAUCUUACUUCAUGUCUGACAGCGUCGUCUCGCAGGUCGCGCUCGUGCUGCCGCAGUUCUGUGUCACCCUGCUUAGCACGAUCAUCUUUGCUCUGGUGGACCCUGGCCGGUCAUCCCUGCCCGUGCACUCGGACACAGCGUCGGCGGCGGCCGAGUCCGUCGUCAAGGCGAGCGGCAUCCGAGCGUACGCAGCGAUCUACUUCGUAGGUGCCGUCUCGACGGGCUACGCCUCGCUGCAGUGCUUCAAGUUCGCACGGCUCCACGCUGGCGAUCUGGCAACGUGAAUGAAAAACAGUCACUUUGAAGGAACAAGCGACGUACAGACGAGCAGCGAAAGGGGAGGACGUGCGGCAGGGGAGAUAUGAAGCAAGCAAUGUACGAGGGUGAGGCCCUGUGCCGGCACAGCGGCGGGUAGCGGGG